AUGUAUCUUCGCGGCGUUCACGCAGAGCAGAGCAUCCCUGCGCUUCGCAAGCUCAUUCGCGACUUUCCCCUCGGCAUCCUCACCACGGCAAUUGCAUCUCAGACGCACCCUCUUAUUCAAUCAAGUCACAUACCUUGGGUUCUCGACGUCGAAGAUGAGUCGAGCGAGACUGAGCUUGGCGUUUUGCGCGGCCAUCUGGCACGUGCGAACCCUCAGAGCAAGGUUAUGAUCGAGUCACUAUCAGCCGAGGGCCGCACUGGAACAGGAAACGUUCUUGAUCAGGAGGUCAUGGUGCUCUUCACCGCACCAACGCAUCACUACGUGACCCCGAAGUUCUACACCGAGACUAAGCCUACCACUGGUAAGGUCGUGCCAACCUGGAACUAUGCCGCCGUCCAGGCGUACGGUCGUGCCAAGAUCUUCUACGAGUCCAAGGCUGAGGAGACCAAAAACUUCUUGGGAAAGCAGAUUGAUGAUCUUUCGCGUCAUGGGGAGACGUCCGUCAUGGGGUAUACUGGCAAGGGCGACCGUCCUGGGCCCUGGAAGGUUACUGAUGCGCCAGAGCGCUAUAUUGAGCUGUCUAAGAUGGCUAUUAUCGGCAUUGAGAUCCAGAUCGAGCGGCUCGGUGGCAAAUUCAAGAUGAGCCAAGAGAUGGGAGAGGGAGAUCGAGAAGGCGUUAUCAAGGGUUUCAAGUCACUAGGUACCGAUGUGGGCAAUGGUGUUGCUGACUUGGUUAAAGAGCGUGCCGAGCUCAAAGAGAAGUCUAAGCAAUGA